CCCACACUCAGGUUUCCUAUUCUCAUAUAAAACCCUGGACUGGCAAGGACCUGAAGUCAGAGAGGGAUAGGAGAAAGAUUCCUCAGGCUCUCAGAAAAGACCAGCAAGAAGUCUGCUAAGACACCCUGAUAAACACAGGAUCAACUGCACCUUCUCCCCAUGAAGGAUGAUGAGGGCGCUGCUCAUCUGCCUGGUCAGCUAUCUCGCCACCACAAACCAGGCCAUCUUCAUCAAGCGCUGUGACUUGGCCAAGGUGCUGCAUGAGGAGGAGGUAGAAGGACUUGAGGGCUACACCCUGAGCGACUGGCUCUGCCUGGCUUCUGUGGAAAGCAACUUCAACCUAUCAAAGGUAAAUGAAAAUGCAGACGGCAGCUUUGACUAUGGCAUCUUCCAGAUCAACAGCCACUACUGGUGCAACGACUUCCGGAGUCACUCAGAAAACAUUUGUCACAUGGACUGUGAAGAUAUACUGAGCCCCACUCUGCUCCCAUCCAUCAACUGUGCAAAAAAGAUUGUGUCUAAAACAGGAGGGAUGAAGAACUGGGUAGAAUGGAGGUUGCACUGUGCAGGUCGGCCACUUUCCUACUGGAUGACAGGGUGCCAUCUGGGAUGAGACAGGGUGCAGGCCUGCUGUGGAGUCAUUCCUGAACUCCUUUCCUCACCAGGGAACUCUUCAUUUCUCCCUCUUGCCUCACUCCAAUGUUGUUUUCUUCCCUUCCCAUUUACAAAUCAGACUGACCAGAGCACCAGGAAUAAGGGGUUUUCUAGGGCUUCCUUCUUGUUCCCAUUCAGGUCCAGGUCCCUCAUUCCUGACUGCCACUUGCAAACCAAGAGGACCACAGUGAAGAAGUUUGUAUGGUUUGGGAACUAUUAAAAUGUUCCUUGUGCAAAU